AUGCUUGUACAUCUAUCAUCAACUAGUCCAUAUGUUUGUGAUAUAAGCCUCGGGCCAAUUGAACAGGCUGAUCGUAUGGCUUCAGCAGCAACAACAAAGAAAUCAAUUACAUAUCUUGAAUUUAAGGAAAGCUUUCCAAAAUUACAACAAACUCGUACGCCAUUAAAACUUCUUGGACACGAUGAAAUACCCACAGAUACGAAUCUCAUUCCAACAGUAGCAGUAGAAAAUAGUCCUAAUCGACAAACAAGCCUUCAACCGAUUUGGUAUACUGAACAAACAAUAGUCGAUGAUAACUAUGAAUCACAACGAAGUUCAGUUAAAUCACCUUGUCAUCAUAAUGAAUUAACACGUUCAACAUUACCAACAAUUCCAAGCACUAGUCCUGAGAUAGAAGAUGAAAUUAUUGUAAAAGAAAUACUUAUCAAUCAGCCAUCAUUAAUGCGUAAAUCAUCAACAUUCACUAUUGAACAACAAACAUCAAUCAAUAUUCCAUCAGCAUUAAAUGAAUCAGAAAAAGAAAAUGAUUAUAAUGCUAUAAUGACAUCUACACAACAACCAGCAAAACGUCAUCCAACUGAACCAUCCGAUGAAUCCUUUCGUGCACUCGAACAUCUAUUAGGUUUAGGUUCGAUAACUCAAAAUAUAACAAUGUUAACAACAGCACAUGAAUCACCAAAAAGCAAUCAUGAAUCUCUUUCGUUAACAAUGGUAACACCAACUGAAUUAAUUAAUCAAACAACAGCAUCAUUGUAUGUAAGUUAUGCACCACAAGGCGGCGGAAGUUUACCGUCAUCACAAAAUAUUCUUGUUAUGCCAACCAUUGAAAGUAUAACAGAGCCAAGUAUGAAUUCAACCAUUCCGCCACCAUUUGUAGUUGAUAAUAGUGAUACGGAAGAACCAUCAUCGAUGGCUGGAACAGUUAUUUCUAAUCAAGAAUCAUUUCAAAAUAGUACAAACAGUACAGAAGACAGCUUUCAUUUUACCGAUGAUGAUAAUGAAAAACAAGAAACGCCGAAAGAUGACACAAAUACGGAUGAUAGUAAUUUUUCGUUUGAAUUGAAUGAUUUUGCAAAUAAUACAACAGAUACGAAAAACGAAACACGAAAUGAGGAUGCUUUUUACCAACCGAUUAUAACAAUUCGUCCACCAACAAGUGCUGAUGUUGCGUUUCGUGCAUUGAUUAAAGCUCGUACAAGUGGACGAUUAUCUCAACUCGUUAAAACUGAAUCACCAUUAGCAAAAACAAGUAAGAUGAAUUUAACUGCAAAUGCAUCCGAGCCAAGACGAUCAUCACGGGUGCUACGUUCGAGUGUUGUACGAACUUCAACAGUUCCAGUCACAGAAAAUUCAACUAUGGAACAAGUCAACGAAUCAAGUUCAGAAACAAAACCAAGUGAUGAUCAUUCACAGACGGAACUCGUUGAGGUGGUUAGUAUACCUGAAGACGAUGAACCAGAACCAGCUGCUGGUAUUACUCUUAAUCUUACAACAUCGAAAGAUAUAACACAACCAUCACCAAGCAGUGCUGAUGAAGCUGAUCGUAGUGCAUCUUGUUCAUCAUCAUUUGUAUCCAAUCAACAAGAUUCGCCAACACCAACAUGUUUAAUAAUGCCAACUCUAUCCCGUGAAUAUAGUUAUACUACACCAACAAUGCGAGCAACUCGUUCAUCAGAACGUCGCCGUUCAAUACUAGCAAAUCGUCGAAGUCACGCGCGCACAACUCGUUCGGUAAUUCCUUGCAUUCCUGAACAACAAGCAACAAUAAGCGAAGAAGAGAAAGAACUUUCAUCAGGAAACACAAGUCUUUCGUCAUUUCCAUCGUCGUCAUUAAAACCUAUGCUAUCUGUUUUAUCAACAAAUGCAACAAUCAUCAGUGAAGGACCACCGAUUAUUUUACAAAAAUCUUUAGCUGGUUCAGCAUCGCCAUCACCAAAUCCAACACCAAUAAUAACCGUACGAAAAAGUGACCGUUUAUCAUCGAAUCUAUCUCCACGACGAAGUAUUAAACCAUUACAAUCAUCGACACCAUCGAUCAGAGCUAAGUCCUUACAAAUGGUUUCUAUUGGUGAACAAGAACAAGUGUUAACAACGGCUCCACAACAAUUCAAUAUAAAUACAUCGGUAGAUGAAAUCGAAAUGUCCGAUAAAGAACAACAAGUUGAUAUUCCUAUUGAACUUCCAGUUGUUUGCCAUGAAAGUAUUCAAACUUCACCUGAACGUCGACCACGUCUUGUUGAUAUCAGUAUACAAACAACACCCGGUCUUGAUCGACCAUGGCCUCGUUAUGUUCAAACAACUGAACAACAAACGACACCGAUCGUUAAACGUUCAUCAUCAUCAUCAAGUUGCCAAACGACACCAGUUGCCAUUGCAAUUGAACAAAUCGAAAAAUCAUCAACACUAGCAAUCGAAGAAGAAAAACAUCAAGAAGUUACACCUCUACAUACGAAAGCAAUGAUGCAUUUAAGACGAGCUGUUCGCUUUCAAUUUACUCCAUCGACCGAUGCGCGUUUAGCAGCUAAAGAAAAACUAGAAGAAAAUGAACAAUUAUCAAAACAAGAAAAUCCUAUUGAAACUAUUCCACAAGUUCCAACUGAUAAUGAACAUGAAGAAGAUACAGAAGAUGAAGUUAAAAAAAUUAUUAAAACAAAAAAAAAGACCGGUAUAUCAAGAAAGAAAAAACACAUUCCAAUAACAAUAAAUGAUGAUAGUUCAGAAGAAACGAUUGAAUCACCAAUCAUCACUAGUCAACCUAUCGUAGACAAUGAACAGCACGAUACCGAGGACAUACCAGUCAUUGAAUCAAUAGAAAUGAAAAGAAAAAUGCCAAAGCGUUCUAAUCGAUACGAACAAAAGUCUUCUUCAGAACCAGAACUUGUUGUUAUUACAUCAUCUCCUGUACAAACAAAACGUGUUAAUAGAAAACGACCAAAUAAAAAAUCAUCACCACCGGAAACGACAACUAGCCCAACUGAACCAGUUAGCAAACGAGUCAAAACUACAAAAACACUUGAAACCAAACAACUUAUUCGAGUACCAUCACCUGAUCCUCUAUCCACACGAAGUCGUUCGAAAACUCCAGUAAUGUCAAGCAAUAGUAUAAAGUCUAUAUCACCUUCCGAACCAGUAGUACCCUCGAAAAAAUCGAAAAAAAAUUCAUCCGAAACGAAUCCACCAAUAAAUAAUAAUAAACGAAAAAGUUCAACAUCAACAAUCAAAAAGAGUAAACGACGAUUACAUAAUGCCGAACAAGAUGAAGGAUUAAAUACUGCUGAUGAAGAAGAAACAAUUCAAAUAGUAUCGGAUCCGAUUGAAAUUAUACCGAUUGAUUUAAGUCAAGAAGAACGAGAGAAGAUUCAAGGAUUAACUGUUGCUGAGCUCAAAACACGCUUAACUACACACGGUGAAAAUAUUCCAAAAGGUGUUCGAAAGGCCGAUCUUAUUGCUUUACUCAUUAAACUUGAAACUAAUUUACUCAAAGAACGAAAAGAAACCGAAACAACAGUUAAAGUCGACAUUGCUGCUAUUUCAACAUCUCGAAUAACUCGCCGAAAGAAAUAA